GACAUUCUUUGUUGCACCUUUCGCUUUUGUCGUCAAGAUGGCGAUGCAUACAUUGGGAGUAGUGCUCCAUUUAGGUUUUGCGGUAUAUUAUACCAUAGUAAUGUACGUCGAUUUACAGAUUUUUACGCCUGGCGUUAUGSAAUUUGGUUGGCGAUGGAAAUAUCUGACAUUUUUAGAUUUGGUGUUUCAAUUAUGUUACUUUGUAUUGGCUUCUUUGAUGGACAUCAUUGCUUUGAUCAGAGGUCAAGAAAGCAAGACUCUUUUGACAAUUAGAGAUACAUUCUUUGCAUCAUUUGCCUUUCCUUAUGGUGUUUUUGUUGCUACUUCUUUCUGGGGUAUUUAUUCUAUUGACCGUGAACUGAUUUUYCCUAAACUCUUGGAUGCCAUUAUUCCAAACUGGAUCAACCAUGCCUUGCAUACAUGGUGUGCUGUUGCCGCCAUCUUGGAAGCUGCUAUAAAUUGUCAUGAUUAUCCAAGAAAUAGAGUAGGAAUCACACUUAUGCUUAGUUUUGGUGUUGUCUACAUAUCAUGGUUGUUUUACAUUGCAAAUACAAUGAAUUACUGGGUUUAUCCGUUCCUCCGUGUCAUGGAAACCUAUGCUCGCUUGUCUUUCUUUACCGUUUGUGCUACUAUUUUAGCCUUGUUCUAUAUGAUUGGUAAAUGGAUGACUGUUGCAAUAUGGGGAGGAGCAGCAACAAGUAGUGAAAUUGUCCAGGAAAAGAAGACUGCAAACAAGAAAAAAGUCAAGAAAGUAGAAUAAACUACUUUUUUAUCAAUGUUGUGCCCAAGUUCAGGACCCAAAAUAGCUCAUUUUCAAUCAAAUAUUUCUCGGCGAUUGUAAUUGUUUCAGGAAGGUGACUUCCGCAGAAUGAAGAACAGUGCUUGUUAAUGUAUUUAACAUUGGAAACUUAAAGUAAAUGAGUACAUUUUGUAUGAUUGUGCAAAGAGCAUCAUUGGCAGAAGAUAUUUCUGUGUUUUGAUGGUGUUUUGAUGUCAUUACCAGUUGAAGUGCCUUGUCCAUGCUGCUUGUUGUAUAGUCACAUAAAAUCGCAUCUAUUUCAAGAAUUUAUAAACGAAUUAUUUACUUUGUACACUACCUGCAAGCAUGUCACGCAGUUACAAUUAAAAUAAAAGUUCAAACAUGAAGCAGGGUUAA